AUGUUUCGAUUGAACAAUGAUUCCCUGACUUCAGUAGGAUCAAAUAAAGACAAGAAGUUACCCCCAAUUCCUAAUUCACAGGUACCAGAAGCAGAUACAACCAAUGCUAUACCAAUGGACGAUCAGAUUUUACAAUCCAAGACAUUGAAGCGUAAAAAUUUCAAGAAAUUGUCUUUAGACUCACCAUCAACAACACCUACACCAUCAGCAUCACAACCAGAAAAUACACCCCUAGAUAUGGGAUUACGAUACCCUCCUAGCUCUAAGCCGGGUAGAGUAAGGCCGGCCCCGUUGACGAAUUUAAACAGGAACUCGCAGGGUAAAUUAAAUAUUAAUCAAAGUAAUAGAAACAUUGACCCAGAUACUCAAUCAUCUACAGAUGUUAUUAUAAAUCAUUUUUCGAAUCUCGAAUUAUCAAAUAUGAAUAAGAGAAACCCCACGAUUGCGAACCGAAAAAGACAAACAGUUAUUUCGUCCAUAUCUCCAACGAAGUCUAGUGCAUCAUCACCAAACGAUGCAAAUUUGAAUUCUCUAAACUUAACAGACCAACAAUCGCCUAUCGCAACGACAUCCUCUAUAAAGUUGAAUAACAAUGACUUGUUGACAUUGAAGAAUUUGGGUUCCGGAAAUUCAGGGACUGUUUCGAAGAUUCUUCAUAUUCCAACUCAGAAAACUAUGGCCAAAAAAAUAAUACAUAUAGAUCUGAAAAGUGUUAUUCAGACUCAGAUAAUAAGAGAAUUACGGAUUUUGCACGAAUGCCAAUCGCCAUUUAUUAUUGAAUUCUACGGAGCUUUUAUUAAUAAUAACAAUACAAUAGUGAUUUGCAUGGAAUACUGUAAUUGUGGGUCUUUGGAUAAAAUUUUACCGCUUUGCCAGAAUAAUCAAUUUCCCUUAUUUGUGUUAAAGAAAUUGUCCUAUGCAAUUCUAUCGGGAUUGACAUAUCUCUAUUCUACGCAUAAAAUCAUACAUCGGGAUAUUAAACCAAGUAAUGUUCUAAUGAACCAUAAGGGUGAAUUUAAAUUAUGUGAUUUCGGAGUCCUGAGAGAAUUGACUAAUUCGCUUGCAAUGGCAGACACUUUUGUGGGAACAUCAACCUAUAUGUCACCAGAAAGAAUACAAGGUUUGACUUAUGGGGUAAAGUCGGAUGUUUGGUCUAUGGGUUUAAUGUUGAUUGAAUUGGCAAGAGGGAUCCCAGUUUGGGUAGAUGAGGGUGAGGAAGAGGGUCCGCAAGGCCCGGAGGGUAUUUUAGAUUUGUUACAAAGAAUCGUCAACGAGGCCCCUCCUUCCUUAGUCAAUAAGAUAAACCCAACCACAAAUCAACCCUUUGAUGAUCUAUUGAGUAAAUUUAUCGAUUCCUGUCUAAUUAAAGAUGACAAUUUGCGGAAAUCUCCUUGGGAUUUAUUAAAUGAACCACAGGGAUUUUUAACUGGUGUUGAUAAAGGACUUUACGAUAAAGAUGUUAAGGCGUGGGCCAAAGGGAUAAGAAAAUUGCAUAAGGAAAAGAAUGAGAGUUAG